AUGUACUGGUCUGUUUGGUUCUGUGUUGUAAGCUUGUUUAUAGCAAGCAUAAUUCACUGGGUUUACAAAUGGAGGAAUCCUAAAUGCAAUGGCAAACUCCCUCCAGGUUCAAUGGGAUUCCCACUCAUUGGAGAGACCAUCCAGUUUUUCAUCCCAAGCAAGUCGUUGGACGUUUCGAGUUUCAUCAGGAAGAGGAUGAAAAAAUAUGGUCCAUUGUUUUGUACAAACUUGGUAGGACGACCGGUAGUGGUGUCAUCGGACCCAGACUUCAACUACCAUAUAUUCCAACAAGAAGGGAGGUUGGUGGAGAUCUGGUACUUGGACUCCUUCGCAAGGCUUGUGGGUCAGGAUGCUUCACAGUCUACCGCUGCGUCUGGUUAUGUUCACAAGUAUCUUAGGAACUUGGUGUUGGCUCAUUUUGGUACGGAGGUCCUGAAAGACAAACUCCUUUCGAAGGCUGAAGAUAUGAUACGUACAAGGCUGCAUGAUUGGUCCAAGUUGCCUGCCUUGGAAUUCAAAACAUGCGUUUCAUCGGUAAUUUAUCAAUUUACUGCAAAUGAGUUGUUCAGUUAUGAUAUUAAGAAGAUGGGAGAAAAUUUUAGUGAAAGAUUUACUAAUAUCAUACAAGCUGUUGCUUCGUUUCCUUUGAAUAUCCCGGGUACAACUUUCCAUAAAUGUCUUAAGAACCAAAAGGAGGUAAUAAAGUUGAUCCGUGAUAUACUAAAAGAGAGAAAAGUUUCACCUGAAAGUCGUAAAGGAGAUUUCCUUGAUCAGAUUGUUGAUGAUAUAAAGAAAGAAAAAUUCUUAUCAGAUGACUUCAUCGUUCUUGUUAUGUUUGGGAUUCUACUUGCUAGUUUUGAGACAAUUUCCGCUACUCUAACCUUAGCUGUGAAGCUCCUCAUAGAAAACCCUUCAGUAAUGCAAGAACUAAUCGAGGAGCAUGAGGCAAUCCUUAAAAAUAGGGAAAAUUCAAAUUCUGGAAUUUCAUGGAAGGAAUAUAAGUCAAUGACUUUUACUCAUCAAGUUAUCAAUGAAGCUCUUAGGUUAGCAAGUGUUGCUCCAGGGAUUUUGAGAAGGGCAAUAAAAGACAUUCAAGUAAAUGGAUAUACGAUUCCAGCAGGCUGGACAAUCAUGGUUGUUCCCGCAGCUCUUCAAUUAAGCCCUGAUGCUUUUGUUGAUCCCCUUACUUUCAAUCCAUCGCGGUGGAAGGAUAUGGGAGUUGGUGUUGUAGCGAAGAAUUUCAUACCAUUUGGAGGUGGAUCGAGAUUAUGUGCAGGAGCAGAGUUUACUAAAGUUCUAAUGACAACAUUUUUCCAUGUCUUGGUCACUAAUUACAGGUUGACGAAGAUCAAAGGAGGACAGAUAGCUCGAUCUCCAGCUUUGACAUUUGGAAAUGGUUUACAUAUCAACAUUUCAAAAAAGCAUGGAUGAUUGUAACAAGUAUAGAUGAGACUCAAAUAUAAGUUUGAUAUAAUUAUCUAUACUAUAUAUCAAAAUUAUAUGACGAUAGAUGUACAAGGUUCUCUUGAAACCUUUAUGGUAUUGGUUUAUAAUUUUCUAAUAUAUGUAUGAAUAUGGUCUUUCUCUUGUAGACUCUUCCUUAAUCAUGAAUAAAAGAGUGAAUUAAUUAAGUA